AUGGCGCGCGGAAGACGCGCUAAGGCCGCCGCCUAUCACUGUGCGAUAUGUCAGCAGUCCUUCUCCAGCAAAGCUGAGCUCAACCACCACACUGCCAACCACGACGACACCAGCACUGCGAAGCUGGUGUGCGCCAUCUGCGGCUGGUAUUUCGACGAUUCGCACGCCCUCGAGCUCCAUCAGAUACAGAGCAGUCACGCACCUCCCCAGCCAGCAUCUACGAGCUUGACAACGGCGCUUGCCCCAUCGCUCGACGAAAUGGCGGUUCACUGCGAUCGUUGCCAGAAGCAGUUCGCCACUCAGAAGCAGUUCAGUAAUCAUCGCAGCAACAUGGCGAGUGCGUGCGCCGACUGGAAGCACACCACGAAAAGGCCGCAGCCACCGACACCCGCUGUAGUUGCCCCGGGGUACGUUGACCUCGACAGACCCAACGACGAGCCAUCUGUAGUGCCCAACUACGAUGAUGGUGUAUCAUCAUCAUCUGACUCCGUCGACAGCGAUGUCGGCAUCAAGUGCAACGACUGCAAGCGCAUCUUCCGCUCCCUGGGCCACUACAACAACCACAUGCUAGGUUGCACUCCUGUAUCGACGACCGCACAAGUCCGCGAGGUGCUCCCCGCUACCGCAUUGGGUAGCUCUCCACUCACCACAAACCAGAUGAGGGCUGCAAACGCACCUGUACUGGCACCCCGAGCCCCGAUUUCGUCUAAUGUAUCUUCCACGCAUACCAGCAAUCCGGCCGCUUUUGCAUGCGAUACCCGAGGCUGUGAUCGUUCCUUCAGGUCCGAAGCCGGCCUCAAACAGCACAAGCAGGACGCUCACGGUGUCGGAGGUCAGGCAUUGAACUUGGCCGGCCGCGACUCGUGGAUGCUCAGCAAUCGCGAGCGAGAACGAAUGCGGCAAGAAGGUUUGCUUCAACAAACUCCUUCCUCUCGAGGCCGUGGCGGCCAAGCAGGUCGUCCAGCCCCUCGUGGAGCACCUUCCCGUCCUCGGGGGGCUCCUUCUUCAACAAGACCAUCCGUACAACAACAGCAAUCUGCCUUCGCCCGUCCAAUGCCGCAGCAACCUCGCUUGCCAGUCCAACAACCUCCUCCUGCCCCCAACAGCAUCAACAUGGGCGGCAUUGCGGAGCUUGACCAGGCCAAAUCUAUUCAGGCAAAGACACAACGCUUGCUCAUCCAAUCAGAUGUCUUCAUUCUACACGAUGGAAAGGUCAACGCCUGCGAUAUUAUGUGGACUCGGAUCGGUGUCGCCAAACAGUACGACGUGGUUAAGAUGCUCGACGGGAUGUGCCAUCUCCCAAAAAUGCUGCAAGGCGAAUACAUACCUCCUCCAAAGGCAUUGAAAGAAGAUUACAAGGCCACGUAUUUGUCAAGCGACUUCAAAGCCUCCCCCGAACGCAACAUAACCAAACCAGGCCUUGGCGCAGUCGCCAUCUCAUGCAGCAAGAUCCUGCUAGCAAACGGCUGUCCCGAGGUCGUCAAGAUAGCAGCUGUUGAUCUGAUCACCUGCCGAAUCCUUAUGAACCACCUUGUCUGUACUGAUCCGCACGCAAAAGUCAAAGAUUGGUACUCCCCGGUCACCGGAUUGUUCAGUUGGGACGACAUGGAGGGAGCUCGAAAAGCCGGGUACAAGAUCUUCAAGGGCUGGGCGGCAGCACGAGAUGCGCUACACAGGUUCGUCGACAAGGAGACCAUUAUCGUUGGCUGCAACCUGCGUUCAGAUCUAGACGCUCUCCGUAUGAUCCAUGGACGCGCCGUCGAUAUCGCCAAGGUCGUUGAGAAGGCUGCUCAGGGUCCGCUCAGCAAGGCGCAGCUAGCACUGGAUGGCUUGUGCCGCGAUUUUCCUGAGAUCAAGCUCAAGAGCGACCCCGAGUAUGGUCGGGACAGUCUGAUGAACGCUUUUGCGGUACGUGAGUUCGGCUUGUGGGCGCUUAAGAACGCCGAUAAGCUCGGCAUGUUGGCGAAAAAGAGGAGUCGAGAGUAUCAGAACGCUAUGCCAAAAGUUGCUGUUGCAGGAGCUUGA